AAAGAAGAUGAUACUCUGCCGGAACCCCUUGCCACCCACAUCAUAUAGCUCCAGCCGCCAUCUCUAUCUCUCGAAGAGUGCAGGUGUCAAGUCUUCUUCAGUUGGGUGUCUUGUGGUACAGCCUCCUCCACCGUCUCUGACAUCUUCUACUUCAGUCUCCACCCCCAUUGCCGACGUUUUCUACUUCAGUCUCCAUCUCCGGCGUCCUCCAGCGGUUUAAUAGGAAGAAGAAGAAACGAUUUGAUAUGAAUAAGAAGCGUCUUCUUCAACGAUUUGCCCCCACCACCGCCAAUGUCUUCUCCUUGACCUCCAUCGCCAGCGUCUGAAAUUUGCUUGGAAAGAGACGGAAUUGGGAGAGCGGACAGUCACUUGUUUGGCUGUAAUUUUACGCAAAUACCCAUAUUAUUCCUUAACCAAUGAAAACCAAACUUCAUUUCGGAAGCCACUCACUUCUGAAUUCCUAACUUCCAUCAAUCGCGAUCGGCAGAACCGCUGUGCGCUAAGGUCGAGCACUUGAGCUGACUGUCCAUCCUCCGAAUCCCUUAUUCACCAGACCCGACUGCCGAAGCUGCAACUCUAAUACAGUGAUAAACAUGGGACUUUAAGAGUUGCCGAGUUGGGGAGCCACUUACUUCUGAAUUCCGGUUCUUCAAUCUUCCUUCAAUCCUUCAGACCCGCUCCUGCUUAUGAAAUUGACGUCCCCAAGAGUUUGGAAGCACAGUAGGUGGAAAAGAAACUGCAGCACCGCCACUGGCCGACGGUCCGAAUCAGACAUUGUUUCCAUCAACACUAGCAUUACUGAGCUUGCCAAACGCGGCCACCUCGACGGAGCACGCGAACUAUUUGACGGAAUGCGCGAAAGAACCGUCGUCUCAUGGAACACCAUGAUCUCUGGAUAUGCCCACUGGAGAAAGUACAUUGAAGUUUUUACUUUGCUUUCCUUGAUGCAGCGCAGCAGUACAAAGCUUAAUGAGUCCACACUUUCAUCUGUUCUUAGUGUUUGUGCUCAUUCGGGAUCGUUCUGCAAAGGAAAGCUGCUACAUGGCUUGGUUUUGAAGUCUGGAUGCGAAAACUUUAAACUCGUUGGGAGUGCUCUGUUAUAUUUCUACUCAAGUUCUUAUGAAGUUGAAGACGCGAGGAAGGUGUUUGAUGAGUUUCACCAAAGGAAUGAACUGCUUUGGAGUUUGAUGCUCGUGUGUUAUGUACAGUGUAACCUAAUGAAUGAUGCUUCAAGGAUCUUCAACAAAAUGCCAACUCGUGAUGUUAUUGCCUGGACUGCAUUGAUCUCUGGAUACUCGAAAACUCAACAGGGAUGUCAAAAGUCUUUGGAGUUAUUCUCACUGAUGAGGAACGAAGAUGAUGUGGCACCAAAUGAGUUCACUUUGGAUUGCGUGGUAAGAGCUUGUGGUAGACAGGGUGAUUUACCAGAAGGAAAGGCCCUUCAUGGGCUGGUAGUCAGGUUUGGUUUUGAAGUAGACCUUUCCAUGUGCGGAGCACUUAUUGAUUUUUAUUGCAAUUGUAUGGAGAUGGAUGAUGCAAAAAGUGUAUACAAUCAACAGAUGAAUCCUUGCUUGAAUGAUUCAAAUGUGUUGAUUUCUGGUCUUGUUACGGCGGGAAAGAUUGAAGAAGCUGAAUCUGUUUUCAGAGGGUUGAUUGAUAGAAAUCCAGUUUCAUACAAUUUGAUGUUAAAAGGGUAUGCUUUGUGUGGCCAAGCUGACAAGUCAAAGGAUCUAUUUGCUGAAAUGCAUGAAAGACCAUUAACUUCCACAAAUACUAUGAUCUCUGUGUAUUCCAGGAACCGUGAGAUUGAGAAAGCUCUGGAACUAUUCGAAACAACUAAAGAAUAUCAGAACCCCGUUACUUGGAACUCAAUGAUAUCAGGUUACAAUCAAAAUGCUCAACAUGAAGAUGCACUAAAACUGUAUCUCAAAAUGCGUCGGGUACCAAUCAGCCAAACGAGGUCUACAUUCUCUGCCCUUUUUCAUGCAUGUUCCUGUCUUGGGUCUCUACUGCAAGGGAAACUUAUUCAUGCACAUCUGAUUAAAACCCCAUUUGACACUAGCAUUUAUGUCGGGACAGCACUUGUGGAUAUGUAUUCCAAAUGUGGAUCCAUAGCUGACGCUAAAGCAUCGUUUGUUGGAAUUGUUUGUCCAAAUGUUGCAGCUUGGACGGCUUUGAUCAAUGCAUACGCACACCAUGGCCUUGGCACUGACGCAAUCCUACUCUUCAAACAUAUGUUGGAGCAAAAGGUACUACGGCUACUGGGUUACGGUUUUGUCAACUCAUCAACACCCCAAACAUCUCAUCAUGGUCUGAAGAGGCCCUUCAUAGUUGGGUUGUUGGGAUGGGAGAAGUCUCUUGUUUAUCAUGAAAUAGAAUUAUAAGAGGAAUCAUGGUCAUUGAGCUACAAAAAACCAAUCCUUUUUCCAUCUCACUCCCUUAACUGAUAAACUGUAAUGCUAAGCUUUUAUAGACUAAAAGCUACACACAAAAGCAAAACUAUAUUUUCCCUAAAGGCCAAUGUCAAACAUCAUGGCUUUUCAUUUUAACUCAUAGACAGUUUGCUGAUGUGUGCUCAAUCAGAGGAACUAGUAGCAACAGUAGUUGGAUAGUUUUGCUACAAACACCUCUUCCGACUUAAAAUAUUCUGUUAUAACGAUCCACACCCGUUAUAGGGACCAGUCUAAUCCUUAUAUUGGGCCCAUAUAAAAAACAAAGAUCAGAUGAACUCUAACACAAUAUUAAGACAUAGAGUUUAUCAUAAAAGGUCCAACUGUCCAACAAGAUAUGAAGAGUAACCCAGUUCUUUUAAGAUGGUUUGAUAUUUUUAAAUUUAGCUGAGUUGGGACUUACCGUUCAAUAGGUACAUCCAAAUGCAGCAACAUUGGUCGCGGUACUGUCUGCUUGUACACACGUGGGCAAGGUGAGUGAGGGCAUGAGAUUUUUCCAUGAAAUGGAAACACGUUACGGCAUAACUCCCAGUCUAGAACACUUCACAUGCAUAGUGGAUCUUUUUGGUAGAACAGGCCAUCUACUGGAAGCUGUGGAACUAGUAAAGGCUAUGCCAUUUGAAGCUGACAGAGUACUACUCAUAGCUCUCCUCAAUGCAUGUUAUUUCUGGUUGGAUAUUGAAGUUGGGGAAAGGGUUGCAGAGAAACUGUUGCGUUUGGACCCCACCACCAUGUCUGGCUGCAUCAUAAUGUCAAACAUGUACGCUGGUUCGGGUAGGUGGGGCAGGAAGAUGCGGGCAAGGAACGCUUUGAGAGAAAUCGAAGCAAAGAAGCCUCCAGGUUGUAGUUGGAUAGAGAUAAAUGACAGAGUUUAUGUGUUUUCUGUAGACGAUAGAACACAUCCAAGUCGUUACCAUGUUUGCUCAACUUUAGAACAUUUAAUGGCUAAUGUGAUGAACUCAAGUAAUCCUUCUGUUUUCAGCCCUUCCUAAUUAACUCAAGCUAAUUAGUUUACUUGUUUGCCAUUCAUUAUUAUCCAUCUUGUUCAGUCUUGCAGAUAAAGAAUCUGGCUAUGUGC